UGAAGCCAGAAGGGAGUAUUGAGUAUAGAGAUUAGAGAGGAAAGAAAAAAAGACCGAAGGAAAUCCGGCCAAGAUCCAGACCGGGCGAUCCCCCGUGACGCCAAGCCAUGACGAUGGAAGUUGAGUGGCUUCACGCCCUCAUUUCUUCAAUCAAUCAAUCAAUCAAUCACCUUUCAGUCACGCAACCUGGAAAAAAAAAUCAUGAGUUGACCAACAACAUCUCGUCUCCCUUGCCUGGUCCGUUCCGGCUCUGUCCAUCUGGCUCCAUCCAUCAGUCCAUGGUCCACGCAGAUCCUCACACUAGCCAUGCCGGACCUGAUCCCCACCCCGGCUGUGAUGCAGACCCAGCUGCGUUGUUGCGCUUGUUGUUGCUGCUGUGAUGGCCAUCGCGUUCCAUCUCGGUCGGGCACCCCUCUUGUCCUAGGAACAGUAUGAUGCCGGCCCCUACCUUAGUAGUAUACUACCUCUGUUGAUGUGGUCUUCCUGCACAACUACGGCA